AUGCCUAAUUCAGGCUCUGGCGACGAAGACGAAACACAGAUCAGUGGGGAGCUUGCCGAUCAAAAAAUUAGAUUGGAAAAGUUGAAAGACUUUUGUGUUAAUUACACAAAAGAUGGCAAAGACAGAAAGAAUAAAGUCGAGUAUUUUGAACGGCGUUUGCAAUUGUUGGCUGAAUGGAGAAACACGUUUGAGAAAGCUCACAACGACUUGAUUGCGAACGAAGCGGAUAAGGAAAAUGCAUAUUUCGCUAAGAAUCAUCAUGAAAAGGCUUUUACCAAGUGCGACGAAAUGCAUGAUACAAUAACAAAGGACUUGGAAACAUUUAAAGCAAAACAAAAAAAAACGAAAAAAUCAUCCACGACCGGCGCUUCGACAUCCAAAUCGGGCGCUCCGAUUCCAUCACCGCGUGAGAACGAAAAUCCCAAAAAAAUUCAUAUCGUCGAAUUUUUGGAUAGCGAUGAUGAAGAAACGAUCGAAGAUCAACUGGACAUCGAGUCUCAAGAGGAGGUUCCACCGACGGUAGCAGUAUUGAGAUACCAAACGAAAGAAUUAUACGAUGUGGUAAAAAUGAUACAAAAAAACGAACCAUCGACUCAAGGUGAAGCCAACGCCCAGUUAGAGCAGUUGAAGACGGUUUGGGCUGAAUUAAGAGCUACGUACAGACAACUACCAGAGUUUAACGGUGAAAAAGAUGACUGGCGCGAGUUCAAAGACCUUUUUGGAAAAAUAAUUCACGACAACAAUUCGAUUUCGGACGCAUUAAAAGUGCAGUAUUUAAAGUCUUGUUUAAAAGGAGAAGCAUUGAAAAAAAUCAAGUAUUUGACACCAGAAGAAUCAAAUUAUCAAGACGUGUACAAUGUUUUGGAACGACGAUAUGGCAAUAAAAGAGAAAAUGUUGGCAAGUUGAUUGAUAAAAUUCUUGAAUUGCCAAACCAAACAGUUGAAACGAGCAGCAGCCUACGCAACAUUUACGAUGUAACGUACGAGUGCAUGAUGGCGAUCCGUAAUUUCGAUGUGAAUACUGAAAAUUGGGAUCCGCUCGUCAUUCACAUUCUAAAGAAAAAGUUAAGCAAAACAACUUUAAUCGACUACGAAUCCAAAUUGGUCGAUGUUCGCGAGCUACAACAAUUAUCCGACUUCUUAAAUUACAUCGAGCAUCGCUUCAUGGCAUUGCUAUCAGCUGAAGUGAAAGAACGAAGUGAAUGGGCAAAAUCCGAAAAAGUGUGUGUUAUUUGCAUUCAAAAGCAUGACGGUGAAUGCAAAGCUAAAUUCAAUACGUGCAAAACAUGCGGCAAGAAACAUAACACCUUGCUGCAUUUCGAAACAAAAAAAGAAGCAAACGAAAAGAAAACGACACUGCUCACGACGACCACUAUUAAUGAAGCAACGAGCAGCAAAAGUAACGAAACAUCGCAAGUUCAAGUAUUGACAACGACAAAAAAUACAAAUAAAUUGUUAGCAACGGCAUUUGUGAAUGUACUAUCAAAAAACGGCGAAAAAGUGCUAUUAAAAUCGGUAAUCGAUGGUGCCUCACAGGGUGCUUUAAUAACUGAAAAUGCAUUCCAAAAAUUGGGUCUUGACUCAGACAGUGUGAAUGCUGAAGUGCAGGGUGUAGAGGGACGUAAGUCGACCGCUGGUAAAAUGACAAACCUUACACUGCGACCACAUUUUUCUGAUGAUUACGAACUCGAAACCGAAGCGCUUGUUAUGAAAAAAAUUACAAACCUAUCAUAUUUUAAAGACGAUUUGAAGCGUUAUGAUUACCUUCAAAAUCUUUUGUAUGCAGAUCCAACGAUCAACGACGAAAAUGAAAUCGAUUUGCUGUUGGAUGUCGCGGCAUUUACAGCAAUUAUAAAAAACGGCCUAAUCAAGGGGCCGAUCGAUGCUCCGAUUGCAGUAAAUAAUCUUGAAUGCGUCGAUAGUGAUGAAAGUGAAACAGAACCGAGCGAUGAAGAGCGUUGUCGUGAAGAGUAUUACGUAAAAACAACAAAAAGAGACGACGACGGCAGAUUAAAUGUUUCAAUGGCAUUUACAACUGAAAACGGACCAUGUCUCGGUGAUUCACGUAAGAUAGCGUUAGCAACUUUAUUCCAAUUGGAGAAAAAAUUCGCGAAAAAUCCAGAAUUUCACAAACAAUACGUUGCAACUAUCAAUGAAUCCAUUGAGUUGGGACAUUUAGUGCUGGAAAAAAAUCCACCAAUCGACAGCCACUACAUUCCCCACCACGCAGUGUUUAAAAAUAGUACCACAACCAAGCUAAGACAGGUGUACAAUGCCUCGAACAAAACGGCAAAUGGAAAAUCCUUGAACGAGCAAUUGGUUGUGGGAAAAAUCGAUCAAUCUUCAAUCUUUGAAUUGAUCAUGCGAUGGAGAGAGCCAAAAAUCGCUGUCAUAGCAGAUUUAGAAAAGAUGUACAAGCAAAUUCGCUUAAACGAAAACCAACAACAUUUACAAAUGAUCCUAUGGCGAGAAUCUUGCGACGAGCCGAUAAAAAGUUACAAAAUGACGACAGUAACAUUUGGUUUGAAGGAUGCUCCAUAUCUUGCCAUUAGAUCUUUACACGAAAUUGCUCAAAGGGUCAAGGAAAAAUACCCACGAGCAGCGAAGGCAAUUUUGAAAUGCUUUCAUGUUGACGACUAUUCGGGUGGGGCCGAGACGGUUGAUGAAGCAUUGUCCAUUCUACGUGAAAUGAAGCAGGCAUUUGAUGAGUACGGCUUCAAUCUGAGGAAAAUCGUCAGUAAUUCGCCUGAAUUACUUGAAGCUAUCCCUGAGUGCGACAAAGAGCAAAAUGUAAGCAUUGUCAAAGUGCUUGGAAUUCCAUGGAACCCGAAAAAUGAUGAAUUUGUAUUCAACAUCAAAUUAAAUAUACACGAACGGCCACGAACGAAACGACAACUAGCUUCAGAAAUAGCAACAGUGCAAUACGAUCCGUUAGGAUGGAUCGCACCGGUCAUCGUCAAAGCGAAAAUUUUGCUUCAAAAUGUGUGGAAGCUAAAACACGAAAAUAAUAAACCAUACGCUUGGGAUGAUGAUUUACCGAUCGAAAUUGUGAAUGAAUGGAUGAGCUACAAAUCGCGAUUGAGCGUAGUAAAUUCAAUUGUGAUACCACGGUGGCUCGGCACAGCAACAAAAAUGAAGGUGGAAUUGCAUGGAUUUUCUGAUGCGUGUGCAAAAGCAAUUUCGGCCAACGUCUACAUUCGAUUCGCAAGUGAAGAAUCGAUUCGAGUGGUGCUGAUAGCAGCAAAAACAAAACUGGCACCCAUCAACGAGCAAACAAUUCCAAAAUUAGAAUUGUGCGGAGCGGAAUUGUUAACGAAUUUAGUGAAAGCUACGCGAACGAGAAUGAGUUUUAACAUCAACGAAACAAUUUUAUGGAGUGAUUCAAAGGUGGCCUUGGCGUGGAUUAAAUCUAAUCCACAAAAGUAA